GUCCUGGAGGAAGAGCGCGGGGCAGAGAGAGGCUGAGGUUGGCGGUAACAGGGACUAAGGUCUCUUAGCCCCCGGGAGCCUCCUUCAUGGACCUGGGGAUCCUCAGAGGGGCUGCCUCAGCUUAGGAUGGGCAACUGUGUCAAGUCUCCACUGAGAAAUCUCUCAAGGAAGAUGCGCCAAGACGAGAAGACCAGCUACAGGGUGGUGCAGACGAGCGAGGAGGGGCUGGCAUCCAGCGGCGAGCUCCCCGGACCGCUCCUGACGCUGGCCCAGAACUGUGCCAUCAUGCACAACCUGCUGGGCCCCGCCUGCAUUUUCCUGCGCAAGGGCUUUGCUGAGAACAGGCAGCCUGACAGAUCACUGCGGCCAGAGGAGAUCGAAGAGCUCCGAGAGGCCUUCAGAGAAUUUGACAAGGACAAGGAUGGCUACAUCAACUGUCGGGACCUGGGCAACUGCAUGCGCACCAUGGGCUAUAUGCCCACCGAGAUGGAGCUUAUUGAGCUGUCCCAGCAGAUCAACAUGAACCUGGGUGGCCAUGUGGAUUUUGAUGACUUUGUGGAACUAAUGGGACCUAAACUCCUGGCGGAGACGGCAGAUAUGAUUGGAGUAAAGGAACUGAGAGAUGCUUUCCGAGAGUUUGACACCAAUGGUGAUGGGGAGAUAAGCACCAGUGAGCUGCGAGAGGCCAUGAGGAAACUCUUGGGUCAUCAGGUGGGACACCGAGACAUAGAAGAAAUUAUCCGAGAUGUGGACCUCAAUGGGGAUGGACGAGUGGACUUUGAAGAGUUUGUCCGGAUGAUGUCCCGCUGAGGCCGUGAGGGCCCCUCCAGGACUGCCAAGCUCCCACAGGCGGGGAGAAGAGAAGCCAGAGCUGGCCUCACCCCGCCGUAGCCGCCGAGAGCCCAGGAUGUACUGGUGGAAGGGGCCUGCCUGCACCCGGGGAGGUGCCCACCCCGGACCCCCACCCCUGCACUGUGAAAGACUCACAACUCCUGCAACUGGAAAAGGGGGUGCCCGCCGACAAGGAGGCCACAGUGCCAAGCCCACAGAGGUCAUGCAAGGCGCCAAGUGCCAUGUGCCCAGCCACUGCUGGCUGGGCGGGCCAGGGAGCCGGCCAGCAGAUCCCACACAGCAUGUCUGCCCUGGGGCAAAGCCUCUUGCUGCCCUCCUUAGCUCUGUGCCCGUCCCAGCUCGCCUCAGCCCUGUUAUCUCAGAACCAAUAAAAAUAUUUCCAAGAG